UCACAAAAUCCAUUUUUUAUGUUCUUUAUCCACAUCUUGUUCGAAGCUCCCAAAGAAACAAAAAUGGCGGCACUUGAAUCACUCCCACUCUCAUUCUUCCGUCUUCAUCAUUCUUCAAAUCCACCAUUAAUAUCCCACUCAACAUCAAACCUUUCAAUUCCCAUUUCAACCACAAAAUUCACCAUCAAAUCUUAUCCCCAUCUUUCAAUUUCAAGAAAAUCUCAAACAUCAUCAUCAGUAGCAGCAGCAGCAGCACUUCAAGAGGAUGUUUCAUCAGAACAAUCAGAGAAUACCCAGAAAGAAAUACCACAAAACAAUAGGCUUUUUGUUCUUAAUCUUCCAUGGUCUUACUCUUCUGAUGAUCUCAAGAAUCUUUUUGGUGAAUGUGGAACUGUUGAAGAUGCUGAGAUAAUAAAGAGGAAGAAGGAUGGGAAGAGCAGAGGAUAUGCCUUUGUUACAAUGGCUUCUACAGAAGAGGCACUUUCUGUGAUUCAGAAAUAUGAUUCUUAUGAAUUAAUGGGUAGGAUUAUUCGCGUAGAAUUUGCAAAAGAAAACAAGAAAUCACCACCACCGCAAUCUAGUGGGGAGAAGCGUUAUAAGGUUUACGUGUCAAAUCUUGCAUGGAGAGCAAGAAGUAAUAAUCUUAGGGACUUGUUUGGUGCUGAGUUUAAUCCAUUAUCUACCAGAGUUGUUUUUGAAAGCCCAGAUGGCAGAUCCGCAGGAUACGGGUUCGUUAGUUUUGCAUCGAAAGAAGAAGCAGAAUCUGCAAUAUCUGCAUUGAACGGGAAGGAGUUGUUAGGAAGACCAAUUACGUUGGCGUUAAGUGACAGAAGUGCAGAUAAAAGUGGAACCGAAGAACAGAAUACCUCUGAUGAGCAACCUGUUGUUAAAAUCUGAGCUCCCGUUAAGCAAACCGAACUCGAAUUUAGUUGAUCCUUUGAAAAACAUAAAUUCAUUAUCAUAUACUUUGAAGGUCAUCUUACAUGUUCCUAACUAAUCCUACACAAAACUGUAUAAUAAACAAAAUUUCCUGCA